CUUAGGAAUCCAUGGUUUCUGGCCGUCCUCGGGCCCUGCAGCAUGCGUCUUGCUCAUCCAAGUGUUGUUCACGGUGUGCGUGAUUUCUCCACAGCGUCGCAAGAACCGACCGACAUGCAAAUUGUCAAACUCGGCUCUCUAACGUGCAGGCUACAGCGACGCCCAUAGACAGUUACAUACCACAUGAUGACUCCAACAUGUGGACCUACAUACCCAGACAUGCGACGUCCUCAUUUUUGCCGGACGGCGUCCCUGAAACCACCCGUCCUGAUUCUUUUACGACGCCAUCAUGUCUGGGCAGCGACACCAACUAUCGCCGCCUGAACGGCGAUGCCCACGACGAAGUCCGUAGGGCAUGGCAUCCGAUGUUGAGCCCCCCCUCGCUCGCCGCCGACCCUUUCGACCGCACCGCGCCGCUCUGUCCUGGCGCCCUGCGCCCUGCCGUGGCAGAGAGCCGACGUCCUGAUUCUUUCAGGACGGCGUCCCCGCCCAGAGAUCCAACGCAAUGAAAAAAUCAAAACGGUAAUUGUUCGCUAAGGGCCUCCAGAGGCCGAAAUGGACCGCACACCUCCUGUCCUGACUUCUGCUCCGACGCGAUCCUGUCUGGGGCGCGGCUAUCUCCUGGCGCCCUGCGCCCUGCAGCGGCCAGCCGACCGCGCCGCCCUCGCCCCGGCAGCGCCCUGCGCGGGUCCGCGCCGCGGCCGCCCGGCGGGCGCCCUCCGCCGGCCAGCGGCGCUGGAGGCUACGCGGGCGGUCGCAGGCUACGGGCUGUCGAAUGGGACGUCGCCCCGAGUGAGGACGUAGUUCGUGCCCGACUGCGCCCGGUGCACCCGCAGCGCGUCGUCCGCGUAGAGGAUGUCGAUGUAGGUCGGGGGCGCCCUGACGGCGGCGGGGCUCGCGGCGCUCAGCCCGGCGGCCUCGAGCAUCUCCGCGCUCGCCGCGGCGUCUGCCCGCGAGGGCACCAGCGUGACGGUCUGGAAAUGCACGGCCGCUCGGCCAGGCUCGCCGCCCUCGCUCGGCCCCCACGGGCCGGCCAAGACCAUCGCGGCCGUGGCCGCCGGGGAGCCCGGGACUGUAAACUCCUGGUAGAGCUCGUAGACCCCGCCCUCGCUGGCGCUGCCGGUGACGCGGUUCCAGCCGCCGACGAUCUGGACCUGCACGUCCGGCAGCGCCAUGAAGGAGAGGAACUUCAGGCUCACCGUCGGCGGGGGGUCCCCGGGAGGCGGCCCCCCGCCCCUGCCGGAGCGCGCCGCCAUGUCCGAGUAGUCGGCCUUCCAGUCGCCCACCAGCGCCGCCAGCCCGCCCGCGUUCGGCGGCAGCGCCACGCGGGCGGCCUCGAUCUCGCCCGCGUCGCGCGAGGCCAGUGCGGCCAGCAGCCG